UCCGCAAUACUGCAAUACUAGUCAUUCAAGAUGCAGAUUCAACAAAUACAUAUUGCUGGAGCUACAGAGUUGGGCGAGGGACCGCAUUGGGAUCAACGAACGCAGAGUCUUUACUACGUUGAUAUCAUCGGAAAGACCAUCCACAAGUAUACACCAGCAACCGAGAAACAUUCCAAAGCACAACUAGAUGAAAAUGUAUCGAUUAUCAUCCCAAAAGAUGGAGAACCAGAAAAGUUUAUCGUAACGAUGAAUAGGAAGAUCGUGGAUAUCGAGUGGGACGGUACCAGUCCGAAUGUUAAGAAUAUAAAGAUCUUGACCGAAGUCGACAAAGAAAACAGUGUUAACACGAACCGCAUCAACGAUGGAAAAUGCGACCCGAAAGGACGUCUUUGGUUCGGUACGAUGGGAGGACAACAGAUGAACUGGCAAAAAGCUACAAACUCCGGUAGUCUGUUCAGUAUGGAUUCAAAAUGUAACGUGACGAAACACGUGAAUAACAUCUGCCUAUCCAACGGUCUCACAUGGAACGCGGAUCGUACCAAGUUCUAUUACAUAGAUUCCAUGAAGUUUACCAUCGACGAGUACGAUUACGACGAUGAAUCCGGAAAAAUUGGAAACGGAAGAGCGAUCUUCACGUUAUCUUUGAAUAACAUCGAAGGUAUUGCGGAUGGAAUGACCAUCGAUACCGACGGGAACUUAUGGGUUGCCAUUUUCAAGAGUUUCCUGGUUAUCCAAAUAGAUCCACGAAAACCGGAAACGCUCUUACGAACCGUCAAGAUUCCCGCCAAACUGGUAACGUCGGUCGCGUGGGGCGGCGAGAACUUGGAUGAGCUGUACGUGACCUCAGGCAAGUUCACCAUGGACAACGUCGUAUUGGAUGCAAAGGAAGGACACGGAGGAUUGUUCGUGAUUAAGGGGUUGGGCGCUCGAGGUCUCCCCAUGACCGACUAUAAGAUAUAAAUGGAUCAAUCAACUAGCCAAACUCAUUUUGUGUUUUGAAAAUAAUAGAUUACGUGUGCUGUACCCAAGUUUUUCUAGGCAACCAAUAUAACACGGAACGGUUAGCCAUUUAGUCGACCAUUAUUCAAAUAUGAUUAUUACUAACUUGACGUAAAGAAUGAAAAUCAUGUAAUAAUCAGGAUUAAAAUUUAAAAUUUAAUUAAAUCAGUGGAGUAUUAUACAUUUA